UACGAGAUAUGACUAAAACUGAUUCAUUCUCUUUCUUUCCUGUGAUUCAUUCAUUCACUUACACUCUACUUCUACUUUUCCAUCACUGAUUUGAUUUCCAAACAAAAACUCUCUCUCUCUCUGUUCAUCAGAUUCAGAGUCAAUCUCAUGGGCAGCAACACCUUGCGGUUAUACUUGACCUGCAUUCGCAACACCCUCGAAGCCGCAAUGUGCCUCCAGAAUUUCCCCUGUCAAGAAGUCGAACGGCAUAACAAACCCGAAGUUGAACUCAAGACCAGCCCUGAACUACUGCUCAAUCCUGUUUUGAUAUGUCGAAAUGAGGCUGAAAAGUGCUUAAUAGAAACAUCUAUCAAUUCAUUGAGGAUAAGUCUCAAGGUGAAGCAGGCUGAUGAACUUGAAAACAUACUGACCAAGAAAUUUCUGAGAUUUUUGUCCAUGAGAGCUGAGGCUUUCCAAGUAUUGAGGAGAAAGCCUGUGCAGGGAUAUGAUAUUAGCUUCCUUAUAACAAAUUACCACUGUGAGGACAUGCAGAAGCAGAAACUCAUAGAUUUUAUUGUGCAAUUUAUGGAGGACAUUGAUAAGGAGAUUAGCGAGCUCAAAAUGUCGGUGAACACACGGGGGAGGCUGGUGGCUACAGAGUUUCUGAAGCAGUUUAUCUGAUGCUUGUUAGAAUUAGAGCUACUAAAUCCGUGUAAAUUGUAUUAUUGCAGAUUUAGUUCCACCUUCAAAAGUGCUAAUGCUUGUGCUUUUAUGAUA